AUGGAAAGAGAUAUAAAACGAAAAAAACGAUGGGAUGAUAAUAACAACCAUUUAAAAAAUGAUGAACCAACACAUAGAUAUUCAUAUAGUUCUUAUGAAAAAAAAAUAUCAGAAAAAAACCAUAACGAAAUAAAUAAACAUCAUGAUAAAAGAAAAUAUAAAAAUUCACCAGAUUAUUAUCAUAUACAUAAUGAAAAAAAAGAAAGUAUCAGCAAAAUGUCAUCUCAUCGUUACAGUAAACACAAUGAUGAACACACCGAAGAAUACUCUAAAAAAAAUCGUGAAAAAAAAAAAAGUUAUUACUCAGAUAAUUAUAAAAAUAACUUUUCUAAUUCCUAUGAAAAAACAGUAGAUUAUAAACGCCCUAAGUAUGUAGAUCAUAAAGACGAGUCCUACAAACAUGACAAGGGACGACAACACAAUCCUGAUGAUAAACAAGAUAAGAACCAUGUCAAAGAUGAAAUUGAAAACGAUUCAAAGAAUGAUGAACAACAUCAAAAUUGUGAAAACAAAAGUCAAGAAAAUGAUACAAAUAGUUCAUAUUGUUCAGGUAGCGAAAAUAGUGGUAGUAGUGAUGAAUAUGAUAGUAAGGAUGAACAUUCAAGCGAUAAUGAAAAAGAUCAAAUUGAAUGUAUACUAAAUGGGUGCCGAAGUAUUAAAAAUUAUAAAAAAUUAAAUAAAAUAAGUGAAGGAACUUAUGGAACAGUAUUUAGGGCUAAAAAUAAAAAAACAAAAAAAAUUAUUGCUUUGAAACAAUUAAAAAAUUUUUCAAAUAUGCGUCAUGAAGGUUUUGCAAUUACAUCAUUAAGAGAAAUAAAUAUUUUAUUACAACUUGAACAUGAAAAUAUUUUGUCAAUUAAAGAAGUUAUAGUAGGAAAACAUUUGAGUGAUAUAUACUUAGUUAUGGAAUAUAUCGAACAUGAAUUGAAAAUGCUAUUAGAUAAUAAAUCACCAGGUUUUACUAUAUCUGAAUUGAAAUGUUUAUUAAAACAGCUAUUAAGCGGUAUUAAUUAUUUACACACAAAUUGGGUUAUGCACAGAGAUUUAAAAACGACAAAUUUAUUAUAUAGUAAUAAAGGUAUUUUAAAAAUAUGCGAUUUUGGUAUGGCUAGAAAAUUUGGACAUGUAGAUAAUCCUAAUCUUACAAAAAAUGUAGUAACAUUGUGGUAUAGAGCUCCUGAAUUAUUAUUAGGAGAAAAAUGCUACACAAAUAAAAUUGAUAUAUGGAGUGUAGGUUGUAUAUUUGCAGAAAUGAUUUUAAAAAAACCCUUAUUUUUAGGUGAAAAUGAAGUUGAUCAAAUGUGGAAAAUAUUAAAUUUGUUAGGAUUACCCGAUAAAGAAACAUAUCCAAAAUUUUAUGAAUAUCCUUUUAUAUCAAAAAAUAAAGAUUUAUUUAAAAAAAAAAAAAUUAAAAUGAAUGUUAAUAAUCUUCGAUCUCAUUUUCCUAACAUAGCUAGCCAAUUUUCAGGUAUAUAUUUAUCAGACAUUGGUUUAGACUUAUUAAACAAAUUAUUACAUUUUAAUCCACAAGAAAGAAUAUCAGCUUCCGAUGCAUUAAACCAUCCUUAUUUUAACGAGUUUCCAAAACCAUUGGAAAUAACUGAUAUGCCAGUUAUACCUGAUUCAAAUAAAGUUAUUAGAUCAAAUAAAUUGUCUAACCAUUUUAAUUUUAUUGAUCAAAACAACAUUAUGUUUCGUUCAUAA